AUGGACGGCGGGACGUACGGGGGGCUGGACGCGGGGGACCUCGAGUUGGCGCCCGCCGUCACCACCGUCGCCUUCUCGCCCGCGCCGCUGCCGCCGCUGCGCGUGCCCGUGCGCGCGGGGCCCGCGGACAGCCCCGAGCGCGGCGCGUGGGUGCUGGCGUUCCAAGACGAGCCCAGCUGGCGCAGCGCGUGGGGGGCGUGCGAGCGCAAGAUAGCGGAGCAGUGCGAGGUGGGGGCGCGCAUGGGGUGUUCAGUGCGCGCCAGUGAGCGGUGCCAGGCAGCGCUGCCGUGGGGGCUGAGGGGCGCGGGGGGGGGCUUCCUGGGGGUCAUGGAGCUGCUGGGGACCGCCUGUCAGGAGCACGCACAGCAGCAGUGCAGUGCGGCCUUCUCCCAGGCGCUGCUCGCGCGCUCCCUCUCCGCCAUCCCGCUGCCCCUGCUCGACCGCCGCGCCCAGCGCGCCCUGCUGCGCUCCGCCCUGCACCGCCGCCAGGCUGCUGCCACUGCUGCGGGCCGCAGGGGUAGCGCAGAGGCGGUGGGGGGGGCGAGGGCGGGCGUGGGGGGCGUGGAGGGUGAGAGGAGCCCGGGGGCGAAGCUGGCCCAGCAGGCCGUGGCUGCCGCGCUGGCAGGGGCGGGCAGGGGGGCGGGCGAGGGGGGUGACGGGGAGGGGGGGGAAGGCGGGGAGUUGUCGAACGUGGUGAGUGCGAAGGGGCUGCCUCGGGAGGGGGGAGGCGCUGCUGUGGCGUGGAGGAGCGGUGUGUCGUACUUGGAGUCGCCCAGGAGUGGCGCGGGGGAGGUGGGGGGGAUGGGGAGCGGUGGAGAGGGGUGGGAGGGCGGACUGGUGAAGCCUAGAGCAGGGAGGAGAAAGGAGGUUGGUGUUGCGGUGGUGAAAGGGGGAGGGGAUGGCAGAGAUGGUGGGGAGAAGAGUGUCGGCAGUGCCGGUGGCAGCGGCAGCACCAGCAGCAGCAGGCCGACAGCAGCAGGUGGGGCAGAGGGUGGCAGCAGCAAUGGGGUUGUGGUGGGUGCUUCGACUGCCCAUGGCAGAGCCGCACAUGCAGAGGGAGGAGGGGAGGUGAGCGGUGUGCUGGGCGCCUGGGAGCAUGCAGCAAGGGCUGUGAAGAGCAGAGUUGAGAUGGUGACACGGGGCGCAGGUGAAAGCAGCUGA